AUGUCGCAGACUAUUGAUGGGCGUGACACCCUAGACGAUCCAAUACUACCCGAUACAGCUCUUUCUAUGCAACCGCCUGCCUUGACUUCUUCCUCCCAGAGCGCUCGGCCGCAGGAUAUAGCCGCUUCCGGCCCAAAUAUUGACGUUGGCCAACAGGGUUUAAUGGGUUAUAACAACGAAUGGAGGCUUGGUGGGCAAAACAGCCAGUUUCAAGAUAUCCAUUCCUUCCACCCAUCUUACAUGUUUAACGCCCCCGAAUUCACCAACGAGUAUAAUCUGCUCAACGACUUUCUCAGCACCAGUCUCCUAGACGACGGAUCGAUGUACCCCAACGACGAGGUUCGGGGUCUCUACUCCGACAUGUCUCUACUGAAUUCUAUGGCCACGAAUCUUUCUCGGAAUAAUGAAGGAUACCCACAACAACAGCAAUCUUCCACAAUAUCACCGUCGCAGUUUAUCAACCCGUCACAGGCGUCCCAAGGAGGCUCCAUACAACGGCCCAACAGUACUGUUGGAAACGACAAGGCCAAGGAGACGUAUUACAUGACUGCCGCUGACCCUUCCGGCACUGACCCUCCAGAAGAACGUAUGAACAAGCUCCUUAAGGCAAAAUACGAUGCCGGCCUGCUGAAGCCGUUUAACUAUGUAAACGGUUAUGCUCGGCUAAACAAGUACAUGGAAGAGCAUCUACAGCCUAGCUCCCGGCAAAAAAUUCUUCGUCAGCUGGAUAAAUUCCGUCCUGCAUUCAGAGAGCGUAUGCAUGCUCUUACCGAUAUCGAGCUAGUCCUAGUUGAGAUGUGGUUCGAGCGGAGUUUGAUGGAGUACGACCGUGUCUUUGCAAGUAUGGCCAUACCGGCUUGUCUAUGGCGAAGAACAGGACAGAUAUUCAGAGGCAAUCAGGAGAUGGCCCAACUGAUAGAUGUACCAAUGGACUCACUCAGAGACGGUAAACUUGCUAUUCAUGAAAUAGUGGUUGAAGAUCAACUCGUUAGCUACUGGGAAAAAUUCGGCGCCAUUGCGUUUGACAGUUCGCAAAAGGCGAUGCUUACAAGCUGUACGCUUAAGAGCCCUGACCCGAACAGUCCAAAGAAGAACAUUCCCUGCUGUUUUUCCUUUACCAUCCGACGAGAUAACCAUAACAUCCCUUCCUUGAUAGUAGGGAACUUCCUCCCUACCAAACGCAUAGAUGUCCAUCGAUAG